AUGGGGCUCGCUAUCACAUUCGCAUGGCCACGGGUAUCCACGUUAUGGCCCGGAUUUGCUAAGAAUGGCAAAGGCAACACGACAAUACGAGACAUUUUAGAUCAUCGUGCUGGGCUGAUCACUUUCGGACGAGAGUUUGGAUUAGAAGAAGCACGGAAUCCAGAUGCUGUUUCAGCGCUGAUAGAAGGAGCAACUCCUCACUGGACUCCUGGAGAACAUCGCGGAUACCAUGCAUUGACAUAUGGUUUCCUUGUUGAUCAGCUGAUUCGACGUCUGCAUCCAAAAGGCUACAGUGUUCCACAGAUUUAUGAGGAAGAGAUAUGGGAAAAAGGCGUUGAUUUCUACAUUGGAAGUGGAAAUCUGAAUCAGAACCGAAUCGCUCACGUUUCAAAUCCAUCAAUCCUUCAAUCAAUCAUUGCUCAUAUCAAAAAGCCCUUAAAUACUGGUCUUGAGUUCGCUAAGUAG